ACAACCCUCUGCUCGAUUUACCUUGCGGCAGACCAAUCCUUUAGAACAUCUGAUGUUUUGGGGAAUCUGUGUUUCCUAAUGCUGGGAUCACUGCAGAAAUCCAAGGAGAUAACAGCUCGGGAGACCAGCAAAAGGUUUUUAUUUCAUUACACUAAACCGAGUGGUGCUGGAUUAUCACAUGGGACGUCUACUGUAUUGCACCCUCUCCUGGAACUCAUACCCCAGCUUAACAGAAGAAGAAGCAGGAGAAUGAAAUUAAAUGAGGACCUUCAAACACCAGGGCGGAUCCAGAGCAGAGGGUACUUCCUUUAUCGGCCACGUAAUGGAAGAAGAUCUGCUGAGUAUGUGUAAAACAAUAGAUAAUUCAGUACCAACAGAACCCACCCUUCAGAUGUGUGAUACCAGAUCAAGAGAACCUUAAACGUCACGUCAUUCAUUCCUGAAAUCCCCCUUUGUGAUUAUGAUGUCGAAUGUACAGACAGAAUCUAAAUAAAGUAUUUUAUUGGUCAAAACGUCCUGUUUGUAUACCUGUGCUCUGUCUUUUGAAUUAAAAGCAUUACAAAAUGUUUCCUCAUUGUGGCAUUGUGAUUUGACAUUUAUGCAUGUGGCUGACGCUUAUAUCCAAAGCAACUUACGGUGCAUUUAAGGUAUGCUGUACAUUUUAUCCAUAUGUUUUGACCAAAUAGCUUCUACUGUAUAUCUGCAUUGUUGAAGUGUUACCAAAGAGCAAAUAAAAUGUUUAACUCAGU